UCUGUUUGCACUUCAAUCCCUUGAGGCUUAACAAAAAUUCAAAUGAAUAUUUAAGCCUUGAGGUUCAGAGCUUCCCAAUCUUGUGCAAAUUCAAAUUCAGUUUUCUUUCAUUGUUUUGUUAACUUUAAGUUUGUUAUUUGAAGGUGUAUUUCAAUUAAAAUAUAAAUUUUGUUCAAAACAAAGUCUUUGUUUGAAACAUUAUUCAGACACCACAAAGAAAACGAUUUUGAAGCUCAAUUAGGUUUACAAAAGAUGAAUUUAGUGUAAACCCAGAAUUUAGGUUCACUCUAUUUAUAUCUUGAUGGUAUCAAAGAGAAUUAUUCAUUCCCUUUUCAAGUCUUCUGAUUGUCUAUGCAAGGAAAUUUGGCAUUUUGGAUAUCGGAAACCAAUUAGAUUGAAGAACUGUACUUUUACUAGUUGUGCAAGUAUAAGUUCACUGGUUCUUGAUGAUUGUUCAGAUGAAGAAAAUGAAUAUUAUCCAUCUAUUGUUCAUCCACGAGUAACGAAAAAUGAUGGGUAUUUCGAUCAUACUUAUUAUCUAAGCCUACUAUAUAGUUGCUUGAGUGAAGGGUCAAUUGUAGAUGCCAAGAAACUACAUGGGAAAUUGUUGACAUUGGGAUUUGGAGCUGAUUAUAGGAUUGGUGCUAGGUUUCUUGAUAUUUAUGUUGCUUGUGGAGAUUUAUCUAGUGCAUUGCAAAUAUUUGAUAAUUUACCAAGUGGGAUUAGAAAUGUGUCUUGCUGGAAUAUGUUGUUGUCUGGUUUUUCACGGAUGAAAAGAAGUGAUGCAGUUAUCAAUUUGUUUUCUCGAAUGAUAAGAGAAGAUGUUAAUCCAGAUGAGUGCACAUUUUCCGAAGUUCUGCAAGCCUGCAGUGACAACAAGGUUGCAUUUAGUUUCCAGGGUGUUGAACAGAUUCAUGCUUUGACUGUGCGCUAUGGUCUUGGCUUGCAGCUCAUUGUUUCUAACCGUUUGAUUGAUUUGUAUUCUAAAAAUGGAUUUGUAGAUUCUAGUAAGAAAGUCUUUGAGGAUAUGGUGGUAAGAGAUAGUUCCUCUUGGGUGGCUAUGUUAUCUGGUUUUUGUAAGAACAAACGAGAAGAAGAUGCUAUUCUCCUAUAUAAGGAUAUGCGUAAAUUUGGAGUAAUUCCUACUCCAUAUGUUUUCUCGAGUGUAAUAAGUGCAUCCACAAAGAUUGAAGCAUUUAACUUGGGAGAACAGCUCCAUGCUAGUAUCUAUAAGUGGGGAUUUUUAUCUAAUGUUUUUGUUAGUAAUGCCCUCAUUACAUUGUAUUCUCGCUGUGGAUACUUAACAUUGGCAGAAAAAGUAUUUGUUGAAAUGCCGCAGAAGGAUGGAGUUACCUAUAAUUCCCUAAUCUCUGGUCUCUCUUUGAAAGGAUUCAGUGACAAGGCUCUACAGUUAUUCGAGAAAAUGCAGUUAAGUUCGUUGAAACCUGACUGUGUUACAAUUGCAAGCCUCUUGGGUGCUUGUGCAUCAUUAGGAGCACUUCAGAAGGGAAGACAACUGCAUUCUUAUGCAACAAAGGCAGGUCUAUGCUCAGAUAGCAUAAUUGAAGGUUCUUUACUUGACCUUUAUGUUAAGUGUUCUGACCUUGAAACAGCCCAUAAAUUUUUCCUCGGAAGCCAGAUGGAAAACAUUGUUCUUUGGAAUGUGAUGCUCGUGGGUUAUGGGCAGAUGGGUGAUUUGGAUGAAUCGUUCCAAAUCUUUUCACAGAUGCAGUUUAAAGGGCUACAACCGAAUCAAUACACAUACCCCAGUAUAUUGAGAACUUGUACAUCUGUUGGCGCUCUAUAUCUUGGAGAACAAAUACAUAGCCAAGUAUUAAAAACUGGUUUUUGGCAGAAUGUUUACGUGUGUAGUGUGCUUAUAGAUAUGUAUGCCAAGCAUGAAAAAUUGGUUGCAGCAGAGAAAAUCUUUUGGCGUCUAAAUGAGGAAGAUGUUGUAUCUUGGACAUCUAUGAUUGCUGGAUAUGCUCAGCAUGACUUCUUUGUUGAAGCUGUAAAACUUUUUAGAAAAAUGCAAGACCGAGGUAUUCUAUCUGAUAACAUAGGAUUUGCAAGUGCAAUCAGUGCAUGUGCCGGCAUUCAAGCACUCAAUCAAGGGAGACAAAUCCAUGCCCAGUCAGUGGUGUCAGGCUACUCAUUAGAUCAUUCAAUAGGCAAUGCAUUGAUUUUUCUUUAUGCUAGAUGCAGUAGAAUACAAGAUGCAUAUGCAGCAUUUGACAAAAUUGAUAAAAAAGAUAUUAUUUCGUGGAAUGGCUUGGUAUCAGGAUUUGCCCAAAGUGGAUUUUGUGAAGAAGCAUUGAAAGUGUUCUCUAGAAUGCACGGAGAUGGAGUGGAAGCUAACAUGUUCACAUAUGGAUCUGCUGUUAGUGCCGCUGCUAAUACCACUAAUAUUAAACAGGGGAAGCAGAUUCAUGCUAGAAUAAUAAAGACUGGUGAUAAUGCCGAAACAGAAGCUUCCAAUGUCCUGAUCACAUUGUAUGCAAAGUGUGGAAGCCUUGUGGAUGCCAGGAAAGAGUUCCUUGAAAUGCAAAAUAAAAAUGAUGUGUCGUGGAAUGCCAUGAUAACAGGCUAUUCUCAACAUGGGUGUGGCAAUGAAGCUAUAGAACUGUUUGAGGAGAUGAGACAUCUUGGUGUGAAGCCGAACCAUGUCACCUAUUUGGGUGUUUUAUCAGCCUGUAGCCAUGUGGGUUUAGUGGACAAGGGGCUUUGCUAUUUCAAUUCCAUGAGUAAAGAUUAUGGUUUAAUGCCAAAACUAGAACAUUAUGCGUCUGUUGUAGACAUUUUAGGACGAGCUGGUCAUUUGCCGCGUGCAAUGAAGUUUGUGGAGACUAUGCCAAUAGAACCUGAUGCAAUGGUUUGGAGGACCCUCCUAAGUGCUUGCAUAGUUCACAAGAACAUUGAAAUAGGGGAACAGACAGGCCACCGCCUCUUACAAUUGGAGCCUCAAGACUCAGCAACUUAUGUUUUACUAUCAAACCUAUAUGCAGUUCUUGGAAGAUGGGAUUCUCGAAACCAGACAAGGCUGCUGAUGAAAGACAGAGGUGUCAAGAAAGAGCCAGGUCGUAGCUGGAUUGAAGUCAAAAACACCAUACAUGCAUUUUUUGUUGGAGAUAGACUCCAUCCACUAGCAAAUCAUAUCUAUGACUUUGUGGAGGACCUAAAUAAACGGGUAGUUAUGAUUGGUUAUGUUCAAGACAAUAAUAGUCUUUGGAGUGAUUUGGAGUUGGGACAAAAAGAUCCAACUGCUUAUAUUCACAGUGAAAAGUUAGCUAUUGCAUUUGGACUUCUAAGCUUGCCUGAAAUGAUUCCCAUACGAGUGAUGAAGAAUCUCCGCGUCUGCAAUGACUGCCACAAUUGGAUAAAGUGUGUGUCGAAGGUUGCAGAUCGAGCCAUUGUUGUACGGGAUGCAUACAGAUUUCAUCAUUUUGCAGAUGGUGAAUGUUCCUGCAAUGAUUUUUGGUAAUUGGAACUGUUGAAGGGUUGCUGUGUGGUGAAGAGGGUUUUGAAAAGAGAUGACAUGGUAACCUGCCAGUGGUUGAGAUUGAUGCUCUGGAUACCUUUAUCAAUAUAGUAAUGUGUUUACAUGGUUGGUGCUGUUCAACUGCAGUGCACCAGUUCCAAACAACUGGACCAAAAGCUGUUUCAUGCGUCCUCCCUGGUGAUAGCUGUAGGUAAUGUUCUUCACUCUUAGUUUAUGUCCUUCUCUUUCUAGUUGUAAUUGUUCAUUUGUGGCUGAGUAUUUGUGUCAUGCAAGUAUUUUGUUCAGAUUUUCUUCAGUCAAUGUCAUAGUAAACAAAUUUGCAGAGCAUCCAGAUGAAAGUGAAAAACCAAAGGAUCAGAAGAGUAAGCUGAGGUGAUGUUCAAAAUUAUGAGCCUCAAGGUGAAAGGACCAACGGGCGAUGUACCUGAGCUUAGUACAUUAUGUUACCAUUGUUGGUACCUUCACGGUGUAUUUUUUUCUCAAGGACGGUUGUUUCUUGGCAAGCUUGCACCACCUAGAUUACUCCACCAGCCAGGUACAUGCUACCUCCCAACAACACAUGUACCAAGUAACUCUGACCUCCGAGGCUUAAGUAGAUGGAUUUUGACAAACAGAAACUUACAGUCGCUGGAGGCAGAUGUUGAUGUUGAGGCUCGCAAGAAAAAUGUGGAGGAUGCAGGUACAAAGAUUAAUGGUGAAGAACCCGGCUACCAUUUUUAACAUGCAGAGCUAACCUGGUAAGUUGUUUUUGUCCCAACAUCAUAUUUCACAAUUCUGUCUUGUCCUGCAUAUGCUUUGUAGAAGGUAAACAGAGAGAAAUACCUAGCUAGACAGCAAAGGGGUAGAUUCUGUAUAGAUUCAUGAUCUGAUGCAAUUCGAGAUAUGUAGCUUUGGCUGGAAAAAGAGUACCACUCCUGUGGAUCCGGGUAGUUGAUCGUUACGAGAGAUGUUUAUGUUUCUGGUAUUUGAUAAUACAAAUUAGUGUAACAAAGCUGUAUAGAAAUGGGAUUUCUUCAAGAAAAGGGGAGGUUUUCAGUUUUUGGAGACCUUGAAUUUCAAAUCUAUGAACUUUAGCAAGUUUUCAUAUCCAAAAUAAUUUAUAGUUCUCACAACUCAUUAUUGUGAAUUGCUCGACGAAAUACUACAUAAAAUCAGUAAGCGUUAUUGAUUA